AUGUUCAUCGGCGUCUUCCCUUAUGCCGCGUACCAGCAAAACUCACUCUAUGCUCGCUCUCCACAGGGUAAAGUCGCCGAGCUCCGGCAGGAGCUCAACAGCGGCGGCAAGAAGGAUAAGAACCAUUCGGCAAAGAAGAUCGCCCUGAAGAAGAUUGUCGCCAACAUGACCAUGAGCAACAAUGACAUGAUCGGCCUCUUCCCGGACGUGAUCGCCUGCAUGACGAUUCCCAGCCUGGAGAUCAAGAAGAUGUGCUUCUUGUAUUUGGUGAAUUAUGCGAGAUCAAAACCGGAGGUUGCAUUGAAAGCACUGCCGAUCCUGAUAGAUGAUAUGGAUGACCAUAAUCCGCUCGUGCGUGCCCUGGCCCUUCGAACCAUCUCCUACAUCCACGUCCGCGAAUUCGUGGAAGCGACGGUCCAGCCGUUGAAGCGACUGAUGGUAGACAUCGAUCCCUACGUGCGGAAGACAGCAGCUUUCUGCGUGGCAAAGCUCUAUGAACACAACAAGAAGAUGGUGGAGAACUCGGACCUGAUCGACCGACUGAACAGGAUGCUGAAGGACGAGAAUCCCACCGUGGUUUCCUGUGUUCUGGCGGCCUUGGUCGACAUCUGGGAACGCAGCGAGUCGAUCACACUGACGAUCGACUAUCCCAGUGCGUCCAAAGUUGUGUCGAUUAUGCCGGACUGCUCGGAAUGGGGUCAAACAUACAUUCUCGAAUCGCUCAUGUCGUACGUUCCGCAGGACAGCUCAGAGGCAUUGCUGCUGGCAGAGCGAAUCGCGCCUCGACUGUCUCAUUCGAACUCUGCCGUCGUGCUGACCUCGAUCCGGGUCAUCCUGUAUCUCAUGAACUACAUUGCGGACGAAAAACAGAUCACCGCUCUGUGCAGGAAGCUUUCACCGCCUCUUGUGACGCUAUUGUCUAAACCUCCCGAGGUGCAAUAUCUCGCCCUGAGGAAUGCGAUCCUGAUCCUGCAGAAGAGGCCCGAAGUGCUCCGGAAUGACAUCCGGGUCUUCUUUUGCAAAUACAACGACCCGAUCUAUGUCAAGGUCACCAAGCUCGAAUUGAUCUUCAUGCUUGCGACGAAGGAGAAUAUCUCGGUUGUUCUUGCGGAAUUGCGAGAAUAUGCGACUGAGAUUGACGUCCACUUCGUGCGCAAAGCCGUCCGUGCGAUUGGUAAAUUGGCCAUCAAGAUCGAGUCUGCUGCGCGACAGUGUAUCGACACGCUGUUGGAACUGGUCAAUGCGAAAGUGCCAUACAUCGUCCAGGAAGCGACGGUGGUGAUUCGCAACAUUUUCCGCAAGUAUCCGAACCAGUAUGAAGGCAUCAUUGGGACCGUCAUCCAAAACAUCGAUGACUUGGAUGAGCCCGAGGCCAAGGCGGCCAUCAUUUGGAUCAUUGGCCAGUACGCCGAUCGGAUUGAGAACUCGGACGGCCUGCUGCAGGACUACCUGGCGACUUUCCACGACGAACCGAUCGAGGUUCAACUCGCCUUGCUCACCGCUACGGUGAAACUGUUCAUCUUGCGUCCGACCAAAGGCCAGCAAAUAGUGCCCCAAGUUCUGAAAUGGUGUACCGAAGACACGGAUGACCCGGACCUCCGGGAUCGAGGGUACAUGUAUUGGCGUCUGCUGUCUACGGAUCCUGCCGCGGCGAAGGACAUCGUCAUGGGCGAGAAGCCGCCGAUCACAGCCGAGAGCGAGAAGCUCGACCCCAACACACUGGAGGAAUUGUGCCUGAACGUGGGGACCCUGGCUACGGUGUAUUUGAAGCCCGUGCAGCAGGUCUUCCGGAACGCCAGGCCCAAACGACUCGCGGACAGUCCCGCAUUGCAGAAACCGCGUGAGAACCAAAACGGAUUCGACUUCCCUGCUGCUGGUGUACCGAUGACAGCUCCUCCUUCUACUACUACCACCACCACUACUACCCCAGCAACAACAACAACAACAACCGCCUUCGCAGCAGCCAGCAGCGGCAGCAAUCUCUCGGCAGCAGUAAACGCGGCGGACGCGUACUUCAACGAGAUAGGCAGCCAACAAAUGGCAGCCCUUGACCUAGGCGGCCGCGGCGGCGGAGAGAUGGGCGGAGCAGGCCAGACGCAGUACGUCGUCAAUCAGAACCAGCAGCAGAUAUACCAACCGCAGGCGGCAGGCGGAGCGGCAACGGGGGAGCUGUUAUUAUUGUAG